UGAAAAAUACCCCCACGAAGGGAAUACUAGUAAACAUCGAUCACAGGUAAUAUAUAAAUUGGCGAUGUCUUAAGUUACGUAAUGAUCUCCUAUCUACGUGUGUACCUAUAUAUAUAUCGACAGUAACCAUCAGUUGACCCUUGACGCUUCAUAUAUUAACGUGUAGUUCUACCCCAAGUAGCAUAUAAAUCAGUCACCAGGGAACCAGAAAGAAUCGUAUUGAUCAAAGGCCCGCAAGACAGGAAUUAUCUAUAAUUAAAUAGGAGAAACAUUACACCCCAUAGUCUGAAGCUAUCACCGACACAAAUCGAUUUUUCUCAAAUAUUUCAUCAAUAUAAACGAGAAUUAUUUUUUGUUCUGAAACAAAGCCCAAUUUCCUCUUCACAACGCACAAUAUUCUAUUGAACCCGAAGCAGUUUUGCAGAUGAAAGAAGCGAUAAAAAAUAUUACGUAACUGCCAAGCAGUACCGUAAUGAGACACAGAUCCAUCUAAAAUCAGAAAUAUCUUAGGAACAAUUAAGUGCUUAUUCUACGUUAAAAUAGGCUGUCAAAUUCAAUUUUGGGCCUCUCAAUUAUCCCUCUAAAUAAGUUAAUGCAAUAGUUAUCCAUUAUAACAAGGGUUGUAUUUUCCAUUUAAUGCAGUGCACAUGUAUUGAACAGUGAAUCAUGUCUGAACAGAAGGUCGAUAGAAUCACUAAGUCAUCACAACAGGGUUUUCCCGCUACUUCAACAUCGCCAUCAUCCAGGGCUGUUCUAACAGACUAUACCAACAGAAACAUACUACAAUUCAAACCAGACAAAACGGCCGUAAAACAAAACGAACUUCGCAAUGAUGAGUGGAAAGGUGUAAUCAACAUCAAAGAUCUAGUAGAGUUACGACCAACACACUCCCUCCCUCGUCCGGGCCCGUCGCCGGGAAUUGAUAAGGACUUACGACCUUCCCAGACCUCGGCAGACGAUAAUUUGUACAUUCUUGGGCUUCUCUCUGGAGACAGUGAUGCUACACUGAAGUCAAGUUUUGAAGGAUAUCUGUGUAAAGAAAGGAGUGCUGUUGAGACUGAAAUACCGGCAAGGAAAUUGCCAUGGAGAGAUGACGUAGGGUUCGAUGAAAAGGAAAACGCGUAUCGUAGACAGGUAAAUGACAGGGAAACGAACAAAACAUUCAUCCGGGACAGCGACCUAAAAGUGCCACUUCAGCACUCUUACAGUCAACCUAAGAAUCACAGAGUUCUGUCUGUGAAUGCUCUAGGAACUGAAACAUUGACAACAAAAGACAGUCAGAAUUCAUCAAAAGGCAGAUCUUAUAAACUACGGGAGCAGAGGACCGAAAGAAUUCUGAUCUCCAAUCCAGUCACUUCUCUGAAGACCCAACCCUUUCAGGCUCCAACUGAUUCUGCAUGUCUGAGUAAAACAGAUUUCAAGAUAUCGCGUAAUUCAAUUAAUACGGAUUCUGAUACACUUCAGCGAUAUUCGUACUCUUACUUUCGCGCUAAGAACCGAACAGACGGUUGUAAACUGGGAUCAAUUCAUGUCAAUGCAACUAACAGAAGAAGGGAAAACGACCCUGAAAUAAAGCAUGCACUUUUAUAUGCAAACAGCCCAGGACGAAGAUGUGGAAGUAAUUCACCCAGCAAUUGCAAAAUACUGAGGUCUAAAAAUAGUCAUCGAUACAGUGAAAGUUUUACAAAAGGAUCACUGUUGAAACAUCAACAUACACACAACAUUGUUAAUUGUGACAGAGUUCGUGUCAGUUAUAACAGAAAUAAGACAAAAGUAAUUACAUCAGAAUGCCAAGGAAAAGUGUACGCUGGGGGAAUGAAAAAUGUAAAUCUGACACACUCAUUAGAUAUGAAUGGUGAAUUAGUAAAAACUGGAAUAACAGAGAAAAUAGAGUCGAGGAAGUUCGGAGCCUCUCAGAAAACGCGUGGGACAAUUAAAAAUAGGACUGAUGGAGUCUCCGCUGUUUUGAAUAGCAACCCAAGGAAACAUCGUGUCAAAUACGGCAAGCUGCAGUCCGCCAGCACCGUAUCGACGACAGAAAAAGGAAGCCGCAUUGAUAAUCAGCACAAACGUUUACCUGAAUUACCUACUUCACCUGAGAAGAAACCGGACGGCAUUUUAAACGGCGGAGAUAAAACAAGCCCCACUCAGGAAGGACAAUUCACGGAGGGUGACGAGCAAGGCCAGACGAGACAGAGUGACCGUAAGGACAGCGUCCAGUGUCCGACCGCACGCCCACGUGUACAUAAUCAGGGUCAUCAGAAUCAAAACCGCAGGAGUUGUUCCGAACACCGGGUUGGGUCAUACAUCUAUUGGGGGAGUGAUGCCGGUGUAGGCCCAAACAUUGGCGAUUAUGAUUAUCAUAAUGAUGGCAAAUUAUCGAGAUAUGUUGAUGGAAUAAUUAAUAGUGUCGGACUCUCAACGCAGAUUUAUGAGAAUUCAUUAAGCCCAGAUGGAGAGAGUAAAUUGAAAAUUGCAGGCGAGACGUGUAAAGAUAAUGAUAUUCAUGGGCCCCAAGACCACGCUUCGAAUGACUUGGACACAAGUCCAAGCAGAAAUCCUGACAUAAACAAUAAGAAGGAUCAAAUUCUUUUGUGUCAAGCUGAUAAUAAAAUAAAAGGUGCACAGCAUUUUAAGGAAAACACAACACCGACUGCAAAUGAAACCCUGUGUCAUGGGGAUUUAAAGGGACAGCCAUCAGGAAAUUACACGACCAAGAGGGAUCAAGGUGUAUUAAUCAGAGAACAAGACAAUACACUGGAUGGAUUACCAGUGAUAAGUGAAAUUCGCGGAGGGAACGGGCCUAAGGAACCGCCGAGAUUCCGUUGUGGAAUGAACAAACAACUUGCACAAACUGGAAAGACACCAAAGUCUUGUAAGGUUGGCAGUGAGGGACCAUCUGUUGGGGAGCACGCCCCGACAAAAGUGUUCACGGAUAACUCACAGAGCAAAGGCACUGUAAAUACAAAAACGAUCUCAGACCGGAAUAAAACACAGAGGCGGAAAUCUGUUGUUCUUAUUCAGGAAGAAAACAUUAAAGAGUUAUAUUCCAACACGAAAGAAAACAAAUCUGAAAGGAGAUCGACAGGCAACUUCACAUGUUCGAACGCUCAAAAUCGCUCUAAAAACUUGAAUCAUGUUACGUUACAUGCAAAAACGUCUAUCUCAAAGGGGGCUCAAGCGAUCGAUCAGAAAAAGAGAGAACUAAGCCGGACACCGACAGAUCUGGCAAAAAACACCGCUACCGCAGGUAAGAGCAAACUCUCAUCUACGUGUAAACGUCCAGGGUGCAAGCAUUCGACAUUGAUAGGUUACAAACCAGGGAAAAAGUGCUCCCCGGUUGCCAAACAUUCCCAAAGUUAUCAGGAAACCGAAAACUUGUUAACUUUCUCUGAACCUGCUAACGAGUGUGGGACAGUAGUACGUAACACUGCAUCACCUACUGAGAGUAUAUCUACUAUUAGCAUAACGGAAAACGCUUCCAAGGAACCGGAGAGAGUUGGUGAUAAUACCUGCUGUGAUACGAUCACUGAUGCACACUGCAAUGCCGAAGAAGAUUCCCGCAGACAACAGGAGUCGUCUGCAGACAAUAUAAAUUCGGAUGCAUGUUUACUCCAAAAUGAAAAAUAUAGAAGAGAUUUGAGUGAAAUAAAUGUCAGGAUUAACAAUGGAGAGCCGAUUUCUGUACCUGCCGUGGAUAUUAAUGGGUUUACUUUACAAAGUUCGCCAAAUGAGGAAAUUAAACAGUCUGGCAGUACAUUAGUGGAGGUGACAAACGAAUUCGAAGGAGCUGAAAAUGAAUGCAACGGCAGUCUCUACCCAAACGAUAACCGCAAAGGCAUUAUGGAUCCCCAAACAAAUAAUGAGAUGGAGAUUGGAUGCGAUAGUGUCUCAAACGAUAACAACAAAGGUCAUGGAAGGGGAGCUGAUCAGACCAGCAAUGUGCCCGAUCAUUCACAAUUACACGCAUCAAAGGAUGGCUACAAGACAGGUACUUUGGAGUGUGUAUCUAAACAGAGCAAUGUACAGCUACGACAGGCAUCUAUAUCAACAAUAGAUAGUAAGAAUAAACAUUUGGAUGCGCAACAAAGACAGCAUAGCACCCUCAAAGACGAAUCACUUGAUAAUGAAGCAAAGGGCAGAGAAACAAAGGAUGAAAAAGCCAUUAACUUGAAACCAGGUAAGGCAAACACAACUAGCCUUAUCAUCAAAGAUACAGGUAUACAGCUAGGAGAUGGCGAGGGAUCAAUGACAGAUUUAAGCAUCUCAAGCUGUAGACAGAAAACCAACAACCAGUCUGCCAAUAGUAAACUUGUAAACAGACAAUUAAAAGCUUCUGUAUCAGGUGUCCCAGUACCAAAACAUAGCAGCAGACUGCCCAAAACACAGACCUUUUCAGGUCAGUCAAAGAGUCACAGCAAACCAACGCGUGUUUUAUCACCUACCGGGAACUGUGUUCCUUCAACUUCAAAACAAAGUGAAACAAGUAACUCGUCAAGAUCAUCAAUGGAGAGGUCAAUGGAAAUGAGCCCAGAAGAUUCUACCAAAUCAGAUGACAGCCAAACACCUAAAAGUCCCAAAUUACGUAUACAUCAGACCAAAACAUCACGACAGCGAGCUAAGAAUGCAACCAAAAAUAGCCCAACAGAAACAAAACAUUUGGUUAACAUAGAAUCAAAUAUUGUGGAAAAUAAAAAGAAAUCGCCAACAGUGACAAAAAGAGACAUAAUUAAGCCCAAGGAGACUUUGAGAGCUAGUUCUCAGAGCCCUCGUCUUGCCGAUACCCGGAAAAUAAAAGCAGCAUCUGUCAGUCCGGUUGUUUCAAAGCGAACUACUACAAGGACACAACCUAGUCCUAACAUGUCUAGAAAGUCACUAUUGAGUCUUCACUUGCCAUUGCAGAAAUCGGCGAAAGGAGUUUGUAGUAGGUCAUCAAGUGCAAGUCGAUCAAGCAAAGAGUCCACUCCAGAUAAUUCUAUACACUUGUGUUCAAAGUCUCCAUCGACUUCAAGGGCUACUCUACAACAGAAGAGUCAAAAAGAGGCGGCCAAAAGGCCAGUUGUUACGUCAACGACAAGUGAUAAAACGCAUUCAUCUCUACCCAUAAAAUCAUCGGCACGAACAGGUGGCGUUACGGUCAGAAAUACAAAAACUCAAGAUAAAACUGGACAAAACAGAACUUUAACGUGUUCUGUCGGUGUCAAAACACAGAGAAACGCUAUUCCAAUACGAAAAAAUCAGAUAAGUUCAGUGAUAAAAAGUCCAAAGGAAAGUCCGAAUUUGACGCGAAAAAAUGAUAAAACACAAAGUGGAUUGGCUAAUAAAUCUAAUGAGAGCAAACAAAACAGUAGUGUACAACACUCAAUCAGUACAAAAGAAAGCUGUGAAAAUGAUAAAACGAAACACGAGUCCGGUCAACAAAUGAAAUACGUGCUUAAAAGUAAGAAAAAUCACUCUCUGGUUGAAUCCGGUGGUCAUAUCAACAAACAGGAAUCAUUUUCAUUGCCAAGGAAAUCUGAAAUUUCAAUUGAUAAAACCAAAAACACAACUUCAGUCAAACGUAUAACAACUGUUGAAAGUCCCUCGACCAAAAGAAAAAUUGAAUCAAAACCAAGCACAGAACAUGACAAAAAUAAAGGCAUACCGAAAGCAAAGUCAUGUCAAACAACAACCGUUAAGUCAAUGUUGCCAAAAUCACACAAAGUUCAAACAAAAAUUGACUCUAAACAUGAUAAAACGGAAAAGGAAGUUAGCAGUUUGUCGUGUUCAAAAGAAAAAUCGAUUUCAAGCAUAGACAUUCUCGGCAUAGAUAGCAAAAGUCUGAAAUCUGAGAAAACUACUGCGAAUGCAAAACCUGCAGUUACUGUAAAAAAUGCAUCUAUGAAAAGCCCCACCUUAAAAACACGAACUUUGUCACAAACUUCCAUUCCAAAGACAAUGCUACCGAAAUCCAGCAGACCGGCACAGAAAGCAAGUACACUUACAAAAUCAAAAGCGGAUGCCAGGUCUUCUAUUCCCACUCCUCGUUCAUCCACCCCUAUUCAAGUUACCUCUGCAAAAAUUCCAAAGAAAACAUUAUCGAAAAGCAAAACAUCUUUAAAACAAAAUAUAAAUCCAGACAUCGGUACACUGAUAAAAAACGAUAACAUGCAAACCGGGGGUAAUACUUUGAGCAAAACUGAUAAAAACAAAUCUAUAAAAAGGGAAAAAAUUAACAAGGAGGCCAAUGCAACAACUUCAUAUCUAUCAAGUAAAUCACAGAGCAUAAAAGAAUACGAGGGAACAUCAGAUGAAAACAGGUGCACUAAACCAAUGGAAGAGGACGGUUAUAAUGAAUUUAAAAGCGCGAUUUCAUCAAACACUGAUUCCCAGGAAUACACAACCGUCAGCAGUCAAAUUUCAAGCGACGUAAUCGAAGAAAAAAAGAAAUGUGAGGAAACUGUGUCCAUUAAUUCAUCAAGUACUGUAGAAAGCAGUUUUGGACAAAAAAUCAAUGAAGCUAAUAAGACUCGAAACGUUUCGACGUCCAGUGAAGAAUACUGGUCCGCGAGUGACGAUGAAAAUUUGGAUAAUGUAUCAUCUUGCAAUAAUACACAUUCCUAUAAAAACCAAUGUUUUGAACAGUCACAGAGUUCUAAUCAAGAUGUGCAUCUUGGAAUUAUAUUAGAAAACACUCAGGAGAAAUCAAGCGAGGCAAAGCUCAAAGACGGUGAAAAAAAUGAAUUCAAAAGGGAUCGUGGAAACUCAUUGUCUGUAUUAGGGCCACAUGGUUAUAUCAUAGGCACAGAACCGACCACCGUACACAGUAAUCAAGAAAUGGCAAUGCGAUUACCUGCAAUGAAGCAAUUAAGGGAAAGUCAACAAUGCAAUUACCAUGUGCAAGUUGCAGACGACCGUGAAACUAACCUUAAAAUUAACAGCAAAUCGGACGACAACGGCAAAGCAGUUACAAAAACAAUACUCCCGCCUGAAAAUGAUGUACACAAAGAUGCAACUGAUUUAAUACCUUUAAAUAUUACUCAUCAACUUGUUCGUGAGGAGGAUCGUGCAGUCUUGAAUGUAAAUAGUGAGCGACUGUGCAAAAAAGAUAAGAACCAAUAUGUGCCUACAGAUAUUGAAACAAAAUUGUCGGGGCUCACAAAUUUAAGGGAUUAUUUUGAUGAAAGAAAUGAUAACUCCAAGUUUCGAAUAAAUGAAGGCAGCAAGGGGGCUUCACAGCCAGUGCAACGUAAAAAGUCUUUUGGCAAUCAUCAUUCAAAAAAUACUAUGGAUAAUCUAUCCAACUUAUCUUAUGAAAACUGUGUUUCCACACAGCAAGCAGCCCAGGAUGGUUUAUAUAGUUCAAGUAAUGAAACAUCAGAUCAGAAGUUCAGUUCCGAAAUUUCAACACUUCAGAGAGCAUUGAAUUCGACCGAUGAAGUUAAAAACUCAGAUACUUUCAGAAAAGUUGCAGAAAAAUGUGUUGAAAGUGCACAUGAUUAUGAACCCCACGUGGAGAAAUUCAGUUUAAAAUUUGAUGCGAAUAAAAACACUGAUAAGUGCACACCGGGAGAAAAACUUUCUACAAGUGAACCGAAUCCCACGAACGAAAAAACUUUGAAUUUAAGCAAUGGAACGGGGACGGGAUUGGAUUCACCGAGUUCAGACACAUCAAAUCAGGAGGAGUUUGAGUCUUUUGAUUCUGACAGUGGAGACUCAAUGAUGGAAAAUGGAAACUGUGAUAUUAAACUCCCCAUGGAUGACCAAACGACCACUGCGUAUACUACCAGCAACAUGGAAAUACAGAAAGGACCCACCAGGCGAAUCACGCGACAGCGGAGGAUUAUCACACGCAGUGAGCGAUCCGUGCGAUAUGAGACUGUAACCGCAAAAAUUUCGAGUCCUGAAUAUGUACAAGAAAUUUCGGAAGCACGUGCAUCUGAACUGCCUGUCAAAGCAAACGAAAUCCUUCAAUCAAGCAGCUGUGUUGUAACGUCGACUCGCGAUCGCCAAGUUACUUCAUAUACGGUUACGGGCGAACUAAACGGGGAUUUUAUUAAUGAGGAGAAAACUUAUAGUGAUGAUCAUAUUAUUAAUAGUUCAUUAUAUUUCCGUAACGGACAGGGCACAAGUCAGCACACAAUAUUAAAAGAGAAGGAAGGUGAAAUUUCAGAUUGCCCCAGUCACAAGUGUCAACAAUCAUCCAAAAGCCGGGAAGUUUUAAUGCAUAGUGCGACUGCAUCAGAAACUGACACACAAAACGUUUUUGCUAGCUUUGUUCUGGAGGAUAAAACCUGUCAAUCGCCAAAAUACACAUCUAACCGACUUUCGGAUGUCAACAUAGUUCUGAAACUUCAGCCAGAGGACCAGGAUAAUUUUAAUUCUCAGUGGGACCCUAACAAUACGACAGGUCACGAGAUUGAGCAUGAAGUUAAUGUUACAUUAAAUAUCAAUUCAGAGGAUCAAAAUAAUGUGAGUACAUACGUGACGAAUUCCAGUUCCUGUGAAUCUGCCAAAUCCGAAGAUAUAAAACUGAGGGGUAUAUCCACGGGAGAUAAGGGAAGCGAUUACUGCAAAAGUGAAUCAACUUCAUUUGAGAUAGCUGAUGUCAACAAGUUUCAUUAUAUUCAAAGUGGUAUUAAGUCGCAAGAUCAACAAGCUGUUACUGAGGAUGCAUUUAAUGAAACCAGUUCAGGAGGAUUAUCAGAUAAUGGAAAUCAUACGGAAGGCGAUGUUUCAAUUCCUGAUGUGAUAUGUGAUAUACCCCUGGAUGAAACGGCUCUGCAAUGUAAGAAUGAAAGUUCUCUCAGACAUACAGACAAUCAAACGCAAAUCAAUGAUGAAGAAACUUCCACUAUACCUGCAAUACUUCCCAUAGGAAGUAAACCUGAACUGAGUACAUUGUCUAAUACUAAUGACAUUGAUGUUUCGGAAUGUAAUCAUGUAAGUGAUAACACUAAUACACAUUCAACAUCUGUAACAGAUUUAGGAAAUAGUACAAUACUUGGAGGUAUGUCAGAAGCUUAUCCAACAGAAACAACAGAUUGUGUACCUACCAAUGCUAUAAACAGCGACAUUAUUCAAUCAGAGCCAGCAGACAGUGUGCAGGAAUUGAAGACUUCUUCCACCUGCAAAGGAACCCGUGUGAAAAAUGACAUGCAAAGUUGUGCUGUUAAAAAGGAGCGUGAUCGACAGGGGAUUAGACGGUUUACAGCAACUGUUUGUCUUCAAGAUGUCCAGGAAAGCCAAGCAGAAAACAGAAACAAAUUCAGAUCCAGGAGCAAAAGUCCAAUAGGGCUGAAAAAGGAAGAUGGUUUGGAGAGUAAACAAGGUGUAUCUUGUGUUGGAAUUAAUCGAGUGUCAGAAAUACGUAGAACUUUUCUGGGUAAAGCAUCAAAAAUCAACAUUCCCGAGCCUAAGAUUGAGCGAAGCAAGCCAUUGUCUCCUUCCACUCAAUUGACCUCCAAGAAUUCGAAAUGGGUUAAUGCGUGUGGUAAAUGGAAGAGGAUUCCAAUAGAUGGUGAUGGGAAUCCACUCCAAGGUUACUUGACUCCAACCACAUCUUUGGGUGUGUCAUCCAGUACAUUAUCAGACAUUAAAGAGGUACCUAAUGAAAAUAAAGUAAAGGCUGAGUCAACUCAAAAUGCUGAAGAGCAGCAGUCUGUCCCAUUUUCAGACAAGAGAGCAGUGUUUGAGAUCCGGAAACCUAAACAGCCACCCAAAGUGUUACCAAAGCCAUCAGAGGCCAAAAGAAGAGCAGUGGUUUCCUGUCUCAAGCAAUGGAAGGGACGCAUUGCUGACCGAAGAAGUCGAGAAUUUGAUGAUAAAAUUGAUCUCACCAAAGAUGAUACUAAACAACCAAUUGAAGAACAACCCAAAAAUCAGAAUGAAAAUGUAAAUGAUACUACAACAAGUGAAUUAUUUUGCCAUUUGGAAAGUAAAGAAGUUACUAAACCUGAAUAUGAAGAGAAAACAAAUGUACAAAGUUCGUUAGACAAGUCAAGCGAAGAGAUACAAAAAGGUAAUGGGUCUGUUAAUGAGGAAACAUGCAUAAGUAUUUCAGCACCAGCAACCAUUGACAGCUCUGAAGAUGCUCAAAAUGAACCUAUAGCCAAAGAACACAAGCAUACUGACCAACCUUAUAAUCAGAUAAAUGAGUUUAAGCCAUCUGAAGAGAAGCAAAAAUGCAAGGUUCAAAACAAUUAUAGUGAAAUCCCCUUGAUUGAUGAAGAAAUUGAUGAUGACCUGGCCAAAGAAGAAAAAGAAAACAAAGAAGUUAGUGAAAAGGAAAAACCAGAUGUUAGUGAAACUGAGGAAGGUUCUUUCCUUCGCAGAGAUAUAGUUGGUCAAAAAAGAAAAGGUAUGAAUUUUUCUAGAGCUGCAGGUGUUUGGGACUCCAUCAUAGAUAGUGAAAGAUUACAACCCUCUGUGACUACUGGAAAAACAAAUGAAUUAGAGGACAGUGAUGAAACCACACCAACUAACACACCAAAAACUCGCAAAGCUUUUACAGACCAAGAAUACAGGCAGCCCUCUGAAGAUGGACCACAAAGACCAAAGUAUACACCUAGGCUAAAAGCAGUAAAGAUAAAGCAGGAGAUGUUUCCCCUUGAAGGAGCACAUGAAGAUGUCCAAUCGGUGACUGAUUCAUUAAAGGAGUCCCUUAAAACUCUUAACAGUAUGAAAGACAUGCAGGAGAACAUUGAGUUCCAUUUCCAUGAUUCUGAUGAUGAAAAUCAUGACAAUGAUGAAGAAAGUCCAAAUCUUGAAUGUCAUUUUGAAAACAAAAUAUUAUAUUCACCUUCUUUAUUUGGGAAUUACAAAAAUUAUCAGUUCCAUAAGCACUCAAAUGUUGGAUUACAAAGACCCGGUGUUCCUGGGGAGAGCUCUGACCGACACCUAUCGAGACAAAGUGAAGAGCUGUUGUCAGAGAUUACAGAGCAUGGGGAAGUCAACGGGAAUGAUGGAGGACUUAACCUAAACAAGCAAGGACAAAACAGUGAUACUUGUCUGAUCCCAGUGAAAGAUAAAAAGGCUGCAGCCCAUAGCCCCCUCGUCUCACAGAGAAAUGUGUUCAACAGGAGUCAGAGUCUGCCCACAACUUCCUUGUCCAACACAUCACAACAUCGAAUCAUCUACAGAAACGGCCAUUUUGUGAUAGAGACCAAUUACGAAGAGGAGGAAGGUGAGGAGACUUUUGUGCAGCUGGAUGAGGAUUUGUCUCUGGAGUCCUCUGAGGACCUAGAACAGUCAAAGGUCAGAUUUCACAAUGGCAGGUCUUACUCAGAGGCCAAUUUGACAGGCAAAUAUAAUUCUGAAAGUUCAAAGUUGUAUGAUGAGGAUGAAGACAUUGAUGUGUUCAUGAAAAAUGAAAAUGAUGUGACUGUGAUUGAGAAUAACAAUGAUGGUUCUUCGCCAAACUGGCACGUGCUUGUGAAGCGUCGGACAAGACACGAGGACCAGGAUGGUGAAAACAGAAAGUCCCGUCCUUUAUCUGUGGAUGAGAGUCAAUUACAAACCCACAGAGUGGAAUCAGACUCAGAGGAAAAGUCCCAUAUGACAACAGAGAGAAAGAGACCCAGUGAAAAUGUGAAACGACGAAGUGCAAGUUUUAGGGAGUUGGGAACAUUAGGAACUGUGAAGUUGAAGAGGAAUUCAAGCUUUAGGAAAGCCCAGGAACGGGGAUAUCUUAAUUCAAUGAAAAUUUCUCAGAGAAAUGAUAGUGUCGGGAAUUUAUCACUGACCCCAUCAGAAUAUUCAAUGUGUAGUGAUUCUGGUAAGAGCAAAGGAUCUGGAUUCUUUCAUAAGGUGUUCAAAAAGAAUAAACCAAUGGAGAAAUUUACUGACCCAAACAAAUCUAAGGAUUCUGGGACAAGAAAAAUGUCACUCUUAGGACUAUUCACCAAAAAGAAUAGAGGAGAGUUCAUGUCUCAGAGAAGCAUGGAUGAACUUAUUUCACCACCUAUUGCAGUGUUCCAGGGUGACAUGGAUAUUCAUGUGGACUCUGCUCCCAACUCCCCUUAUUCUAGUCAGUUCAGGCGGAGACAUACAUCAGCUGAAAUAUAUGACAGCAGCAAAGCAAACAGUCUUCCCAGAAAAUCCACAGACUACCAGAAAACGUUGAAACUUGCAAACGAAAACAAUUCUGGUUCAAGACUUUUAGCCGUUCAAAAUUUGGACAACCACCCGAAGAGACCGAUAAGUCCCAAGCCUAGCAAUGUACCAAUUCCUCGCAGAAACUCCAAUGUCAGUCUCCCUAGCUCGCCCAUCAGGGAUCAGUAUGACGGACCAUUUAAAACAUCCAUGUCAAAGCUGGAUUCCUCCGAUUCUGCAUCAAUCUGCUCUGGGGGUAGUUCUAUAAUAGUGGAUACCUCAGGGUACCUUCCCCACCCCCAGGAGAGUGAGAUAACCCCCAGUAACAGCAAGGACAGCGGGAUCCAGCGAGAUGUCAGCUUCCACUCCAGCAGUGAGUCAAUCAAGACCCCACAAGAUCCUACUGCUAAUGUGGUUCGAAGGCGAAAAUCUCCGUCACCUAGGCCGGAACGACCCAAGUCGGAAAUCAGCGUCAGAUGGGCAGAUCUGGAAGAACCAGGGGAGGUCGCUCCAGUCAAAAGGCGGGAAUCAUCCCGCAAAUCCAAGCAAAGGCCCAAAUCAGACCUAGAGGACAAUGUUCAGAUGUUUGAUGAAAUGUACGAGGAGGUUAUUGACGACUAUGAUUUUCUGACAGGUAGUGGGAGCUCCAUAGGAGAAGAAGAUAUGAAGCCAUUUGGGAGCCAGAUAUGCUUGUUGCCCUACAGCUCUCUACAAAAUUUGGAGAAGUAUGGACAUCUGUACAGUUACGAACAAAAACCAAGCAUGAGAAGGAGAAAUUUGGUUAAACAGAUGUCCACCCCUCACCCCAUCAAGACACGGCUGGAGCGCACCCCACGGAAACAGAGGCGGAAGACCCCCUUGGUUAGAUCCCACAGUAUGCCUGAGAGUCUGGACAAACUCAGCAAGAGGAAAAAGUUCCUCAGUACCAUAGCGUCUUCAAAUCUGCACCGGGAAGAUGUGCUGUGUCACUAUGACAAUGACAGUAGCAGUGACGAGGGCUCGGAAUUCUCCACAGACCAAAUCAGUCUCCACGAAAAAAGUCUCACGUCUCGGAUAUCCGCUCACUAUCUGUCUACCCUACGAGAGAAAAUACCCAGGCUGUUUUUUAGACCAGAGCCGGACACAUUAACAUAUGCCGAGGCAUUAUGGGACCACAUCACCAUGGAUCCAGAAGAGCUUGGAUUCCGUGCCGGUGAUGUCAUAGACGUGGCAGACAUGUCGGACAAAGACUGGUGGUGGGGGGCCAUUGAUGACCGCGAGGGGUGGUUCCCAGCCACUUUUGUCAGGUUACGAGUGAACCAGGAGCCUUCUGAUCUAGGCCUCCAUGCAGAAGGCAUCUUAGAACAUUCCAGUCCAGCCAACCAUAGAAUCAGUGUCCUCAAUUCCGACCAGGCCAGGGAAAAUGUGGUCAAUGAAAUUAUCAACGCAGAGCGAGAGUACGUCAAACAUCUCAAAGAUGUUGUCGAGGGCUACAUACGGCAUGCAAGGAAAAGAGAAGAUAUGUUCUCGGAAGAUAGGAUUUCUGUGAUAUUUGGCAAUAUGGAGGCCAUUUAUGAAUUCUCACAAAAGUUUCUGGAGAAUAUUGAGAGCUCAUUUGUGAAGGAGAAUCCUCAUCAGAGUCAGUUAGGACACUGUUUCCUGGAGUGUAGCAAGGAAUUUGAGAUCUACUCUGAUUACUGCAACAACCACCCCUCGGCUUCAGAAGAGCUCAAAGAUCUCUACAAGAAUAAAAAAUACAGGCAUUUCUUCGAGGCCUGCCGGUUGUUACAAGAAAUGAUUGAAAUCCCACUGGAAGGAUUUUUAUUAACCCCCGUGCAAAAGAUAUGUAAAUACCCCCUUCAACUCAAUGAACUGUUGAAAUACACCCCUGUGACCCAUCCGGACCAUGUGCACAUUCAGGGGGCGCUAGACGCCAUGAAGAAAAUCGCCACUCUGAUCAACGAAAGAAAACGCAAGAUGGAGAGCAUAGAGAAGCUUGCCUACUGGCAGACGACUGUGGAGGACUGGCAGGGGCCUGACCUACUAGAGGAUAGUUCAGAAUUGAUCUACGCGGGAGAAAUGAACAAAGUCAAUUCUGCUGGCUGGUCCCAAGAACGCAACUUUUUCUUGUUUGAUCACCAACUGGUGUAUUGUAAAAAGGAUCUCCUAAAAAAGAAUGGAUAUAGUUAUAAAGGAAGAAUAGAUCUGGACGACUGUGAAAUUAUGGAUCUCGAAGACGGAAAAGAUACCCAGUAUAAUGUGACAGUUAAAAAUGCGUGGAAGAUCCACGAGGUUUCGCGGGAGAAGUGGUAUCUGCUGGUGGCACGGAGCUCUGCGGAGAAGGAAAAGUGGAUGAAGGCGUUCACCAACGAACGCAAGAGAGUCAAAGAGGAUCAGGAAAACAAUUUUGUUCCUCUCUACUGGAAAAGGAUGGUUCUGAAUAAGAUCAAGACUAGUCAAGAAAAACAAAGAUCAGGAGGACAGAUGAAUUAUCAGAAAGACUUUGUUCGGGGAAUCCCCUCACACGCCACCUUACCCCGCUCCUACAGCAAAAAGGUCCAGAAAAAGAAGGGCUGGUUCGGAUUUGGAAAUAAGAAGACCAAAUGAUCUUGUACUGCUAUAAACUAAUGUGUUCAUAAGUAACAGUGAAAAUCUCCCAUAAUUCACUGCACCGGAGAAUGCCUCGUUAUAGAGAGACGUUAUUCUCAUCGUGCACCAAGAAGUUUAUGACGAUCUGUGGUAAACUAAGCGAAAUUCCAGGAUUUCUACAACACAUGAAGAUGUAAAAGUACUGUACUUAAUGAGGUCUUCAUGCAAGUGGCAAGUGAAAAAGACAAGAAGGGUUCAGGACUCGAGCCCAGGCCCUCGGUCUAAAUCUGUGUCACUGCCAAACAAAAGAACAAUGCAAAUUUGUGGAUUAAAUGUUGACGUGUAUCUGUGUGUGUAUCUUAAUGUGUGAGAUAUAUUAACCAUAACUUCUUUGUCAUUUGGCUGGACUUUAUUGUGAUAGUGAAUAUGACAUGAAAUGUUCUGCAUAUUUAUUUCCUGUGUAUUACUUUCAUGGCACUUGAUCAUGUACAUGAGUUGAUUCUUCUGCCAUAUGAUAAUUGUGUGCCCCUAGUCUUUCCAUUCUUUCCAUUACAAUUGGACUCUGCUGCCGUGUUUAAGUGGCACAAGUAUCUUGGAUACAACCCCAUCCACCCCUAGACCCCAUUCUUACCCCCCAACUUAAUAAUCACACACAAAUUCAAUGGUGCUAUAUAUUUCAUACUGAAUUGACCAACAAAGUGCUGGAAGGGAAAAGAUAUUAAAUCUCAUUAGACCAGUGUUCAUAUAUCCUUGCCUUUUUUAAGACAGAAAUGUUUUUUAUGGUCACUUCAACCUUUUUCGCAAUGCACAUAGAAGUUCCAUAAAAGACACAAUAGGUUUAAUAUAUAGGUUAGCCCAUAUUUCUUCCUACCCCUCAUGGCUUCAUUCCAUCUCUUUUAGAUUUUUCGAAUACCCAUUCACAUCAUAUGUCAUGGAUACACUACUGAUCAAAAGGGAUGUUAAUUGUAAGCCUUUUUGUUCACAUUGAAACAAACAAGGGGGCCAAUAUGGCUGUAUGUCUAUUAUACAUGUAAAAAUAUCAUGGAUAUAAUUUUACUCCUCCAGUUUCAAUGUUGUGUAUAUGUACUAACAAUUGUGUCCAACUCUUCACUAGAUAAAUACUAGUAUCAGUUUUCCAUCCAUCAUUUCUGGAAUUCAUUCAGACAAUUGACCUCUAUGAAGUACAUUUAUGUCCAUUAUUUUAUAUUUGAUGGUACCUGUAUUUCAUUUUUAAAUGACAAACCGCUGUGUUUUUCAAGUACAACUAAAAUACAGUUAAUUGAUAUUUGUGUAUGAAUUAUCAUCAUUUUUAUUGGUUCAACUCUAGUCAAUAUUGUAGACUAAAUAUUGUACAGACUUUGUAUAACUCUGCAAAUUGACGACAUUAUAGUGCUUUAGUAGGUUGAUAACUUGGUCAUAUCUACACGUAGUCUUUAUAAAGACGCAUUGAUCUUACAUUGUAUGUAUAACGACAUGAACUGUACUUGUAAUUUAACUGAAACCAAUCUGCUGUUAGAGCAGAGUAAUAAAACUAUAAAACCUUA